AGUCAAAUUAUUCACUUGCCAAUUUUCAUUUAUAUCUAAAAAUGUUUCAUGUACGCCAUUGUGUGGCAUGUCUACAAUGUAUUUAUGACAUUGAACCUGUCAGUACUCACUUUGUUUUCUAAAAAGAUUCUGUCCUCCACCUGAGGAUUUAACCACCUCAUGUAGAGUUACGUGUAGGGUUGGAGGUUAACUGAGUCAUAUAUAGACAUACGAAAUCACAGCACAGAUAAGGUUGGAACAUGGGUAAAGUGAUCCGCCAGUGUCACGUGUAAAUUGCAUGAAACUGUACUUCUGUGUAAAAAAACUGUCACAGUUGUGUCAGAAGUGCCGUAAAUGGUCCAUCGUGGAAUUUAAAAGGGGAAGUUGAUGGCAUGUUAAAGGCUGCCCCAUUGUCUGCAGCAUCAGUCCAGUGUGGCUCGUUGUGUCUGUCGUCCCACAACAGCGUCAACGCCAUGACCCGUCUGCUGCUCGGCGCCGUGCUGCUGGGGAACCUGGGUGUCUGUGUCGCAGUUCAAGGUCCAGUGAUGCUCACUCCAGCCACCCAUGUGAGGUUUGACUCCGUGGACUAUAAAAACAUGGUGCGCUGGACUCCACCCACCAACGGCAGCUCUCUGCAGUACUACGUCCAGUGGAAGAUUUAUGGCGAGCCUCAGUGGUUGGACGUAGACGGCUGUCAGGGGAUCCAGAAGCACCACUGUGAUCUCAGCGUUGUGACCUCUGACCCCAGAGAGUGGUACUACGCCAGAGUGCACACCGUCUCCCUGCCCUCCAGAAAAUCAGCCUGGGCCCUCUCCCCGAGGUUCAGCCCACGCUGGGACACCAAAAUCAGCUCUCCUGUAUUGAGGGUGAACGUCACGGAGCAAGGGAUUGUGGUCCGUGUGAAGCCCCCCAGGCCGGCUGUCCGGAAGAUGCACAGCAGUCUGCAAUACAAGAUCUACCUCAUACACACCAGUGGAGAGGAGAAGGUGUUUGAGAUGGACUGCUGCUCGGACAAACUAACUCUGAAUGAGCUGAAGCACAAGACGAAAUGCUGCCUCCAAGCCCAGACCAUUAUCCCCCUCCAGGCCAAGAGUAGCGCUCGUAGCUCUGUGAAAUGUUUCACUACGCUGUGAUCACACAGACAAACUCUGGCAAUAUGACGCACUGAAUGACUGGACUUUUCAUCCAUCAGCACAGCUUUAAUUAUCCAUCGCUACCUCGACGGCUGCAGCCAUAAAUAUCCGUGCCAAUAAAAGUGAUGCACUUUCUUCUCAAAAGCAUUAAGGAUCUGACAUGUUGAACUGUGUAGGUAAACUUUCACUUUGAGCGUACAGUACUUAGUAUGAUUUUAGCCUCCAGGACACAGUGUUUCACUCAAGAGCUUUAUCUUUAUUUAUUUUUUUAAAUACAUUUUGUUGGUGAAAGUUAAUUAGAAAUAGUAGUUUGACAAAAUUAACUUAACUCAAGGUCUACUUAGCAGCUUUUUCCCCUCAGUGAAUCACUGAGAAAACUGCCUUCGCUGAUGAUGACGUGAGCUGUGGUUCAGAGCUCCAGAAAAAGCCAGCGAGUGGACCUCGAGUUAACCCACCUGUUGUCCUCGGGUCAAAUUAGAACCAUUUUCAAAAAGUUUCUAAAUCACAAAUUUGGGGUUUCUUUCAAUCA